AUGGAUAUAGGAACGGAAUAUGAUAAUGAUAUGAAUAUUGAUGGAGAAGCAGCAUCGGAGAUUUCGCCGUCUGUUUGGUUAGGGUCAUACUCGUUGCUUUCACAGCAGCAAUUUUUGGACGCAAAGAAUAUCAAAGUGAUUAUCAACUGUUCGGCUACAUGCACAUUUUUGAAGGAAUUGGGUGCUAGCGGUAUGAACAUGUCUUCGGAUUUGGUAAUAUUGCUGUUGGAUCCGUCGUUUGAUGCUGGUAGGGUGACAAGCGAUGAGAUGCCUCUUUUGGACGACUACAUGAGUAGGUUCAACCGGAUUUUGCAAAAUUACAUCAAUUUUUUUUAUAAUUUGAAUCCACAGGCGAAUAAUUUAAUACAUAAGUUUCCGCAGAACAAGCCGCUCAGUAUUAGCAGUCCGAUUUUGACGGGCAAUUUGAAGGAGCAAUUUUUCAACAUUAACCGGUUGCUUAAGUUGUUGAAGAAUGUGAACGACUCGAUCGGGACCCUUAUAGUGUCGCCCGACGGCAACUCCAAGUUGUCUACUGGUUUGACAAUGUCGUACCUCAUGGAUAACUACAAUUUCAACUUUGACGCCAGCUACACCAACCUCAAGAUCACCAGGCCGCUGAUUGUGCCGUUUAAUUAUCAGUAUUAUAACGACUUGCUUAUUAUCGAAAACUUGAAGAAGUUUUACCUGGAGAACUCGUCGAUCAAGCAGACAAACAACGUGUUGUUGACGGCAAACUGCAAUUUGAAGAGGAAGAAUGAGUAUGAUUAUAUUUGGGUUGGUGGUGCCAAAAGAAAGAAUGUCGAGUAA